GAAAACAACGUUUUUUCUUUAAAGACAAAAUUAUUUAUAACAUGAAAUGAAAUUAUAAAGCACUUUUUAAAAAAUUGUACCUAGAUAUGAACGUAAAAAUUAUUCAGGUGAAUGCCCAUACACUUUUCUCCCAACUCUAGAUUGGCGGCUGCUUCAAAGACGUAAAGAAAUAAGUAUUCGAAGUCUGAUAUGGCACUGGAAGCGAUAGACGAUUAUUAUGACCUCAAUGACAUCCUUUCAACAAAUGAAAAAAUACCUUGCAAAAUAGAAAUGCCAAUAUACAGACUUGGGUAUUUGGAUUCAAGCUCUACAAGUGAGCAUUUAAAUCCUGGGACUAAAAUUGAGUUUCCAUACUGGAUGGCACGAUCAUUAUGCAGCCGUAAACGUCACAUGGUGAGUGUGGAGCUGCCCAAAAAUUACAGGGAGUCUUACCGUGAGAUACUAACAGCAGAUUCCUCUGUUGUUGACCUUCACAAGCUGGGACCAUACUACUACAGUUUUGGGACACACUUGCUAAAAUUUGAGUUGCCAGAUUCACCUGAUAUUGCCAAAAUUCUUGUCAAGGCAUUCCAGGGAAGGUUUAGAAAAGUGAUGGACUCUUCACAAAAUGCUUAUAAUGAGGAUACAACGAAACUCACUGAGAAACUGGAUGAGUCGGAGAGACUUCUAUUCAAAGCUGGUCAGUUAGGACUCAACGAUUUCAUUAGAUGGGAGACAAGACAAACUGAAAAAUUGACAACGUCUGAAAUGGUGAAAAAUCACAGAAAAAGAAAACGUGCUGUAAUGGAAGAUGUUGGUUAAAGAACAUUAAUAUAUAAUAUGUGUUUAUUCGUGUAUUUAUUUUAGUUAUAAAAUGGAACGUUUUUGUUUCAUUCAUAAUAAUAUUAUUUGCUUUUUUUUCUGUAUAGGGAGGCUGAGAUUUCAAAUUUGUUCAGGAAUUUAUGCAGGAUUUUAUUUCAGAUAUUGCAAUAUUAACAAAUAUGAUGUGAAACUUUUUUGAUGAUAUCGCUAUUAUUGUCUUUCAAUGAAUAUGCAUUCUUGCAUAUGAGACUGGGAAUUCGGUGAUUUCUCAUGCUUUGUUAAUAGUAAUACGCUACUGAAAGAAAAAAGGUGCUGUAAGAAAGUCAUUUGUUUGAAUUUUACUAGUAUUUGUUGAAUAUGGCAUGCAAGAAAAAAGAUUCAAUCACUCUUUGUAUGUGCAGAUUGAAAUAUCCAGCUCAAGGGUGACUGUUUUGGCAUUAUUAUUUAUUAAAUUUUUAGCUUGACUAUAUUCAAAGAAUAUUCCCAGCUAUUCUACUCAUCCGGAUGUCAGCAUUGGUAUCACACCUUCGUUAAAGUUUUGCAUGGAAGUAUCAUUUAAAGGCAUAUAGCUUUGAAACUUACUUUUUCUUUUUCUGGAUCAAUUACCAACCUCACUGGGUCAAGUCCCAUAACUCUGACAUGUAUUUUAGCCAAAUUAUGCGCACUUUUAGACUUUUAGAAAAUUCUGGUUAAAAGUUUUGCAUGCAAGUUACUAUCUCUAAAACUAAUGCAGAUAUUGAAUUGAAACUGUUCAUGUGUCUUUAGGGUUAUAAAACUAGGUGAUAGCAUCAAGUCCCAAAACUGACUUGCAUUUUGGCCAAAUUGUGCCCCUUUGGGACUUCGGAAAUCCUGGUUAAAGUUUAGUAUGCAAGUUACUAACUCAAAAAUUUAUGCAGAUAUUGAAUUGAAACUACACAGGUUUCUUUAGGUUUAUAAAGCGAGGGCAUACCAUCAAGUCCCAUAACUCUGACAUGUAUUUUGCAAAAUUAUAUCCCCUUUUGAACUCGAAAACUUCUGGUUAAAGUUUUGCAUGCAAGUUACUAUCUCCAAAAUUAAUGCAGAUACUGGAUUGAAACUCUAUAGAUAUUUUAACAUCUAGGGUAAUAUUCCUGCUUCGUGGACAACAAUUUGAAUAGUCGAGCAUUGACUGUCUUACGGAGUGCUCUUGUUUAACUGAUUCCCAUCACUUUUGUUUGCAAUUUAAACGAGCAGGCUUCUAAACUAUACUAAUAAAUUUUUGUUGUUCUAAAUUUUGUACCUUCAUAUGAAAAGAAAGACAGGAUUUUUUAUGGGACAACUUUUGCAUACUAACGCUUUUUAUUAGCCUGUCUGAUAUUUUAAAAAUACUCGGAGGUAUUGUUGUCACUCGAUCUUCGGUGUUGGUAUUGAUUAAUAUUUUUGUUAGAUCCAUUCAUUCACAAAAAGCUAUAAAGUUAUAGCUUUGAUAUUUUGUACACUGUUUAUCAUCAUUAGGCAAGUGCAUGAGUGUUGGCCAAGAACCAUAAUUCUGAUAUGCAUUUUGUCAGAAUAAUGACAUUUUAUUAAGUUAGAAAAUUGGAUUCUUUUACAAUAUUUGUUAAAGUUCACUUUCUGUAAGAGCUGUAUCUGGCCUAAAGUUAUAAAUUAAGAUUAAAGAUUUCAUAUACCGUAUUUUGGUGUGUAUAGGUCGCGGUAAUGUAUAGUCCGCAUCUAAUUUUUGCUCUGGAAAUGGUCGAUGAAAAAGGUAUUAAUAAACAGACUGGAAAUGGUAUAUGAAAAAGGUAUUAAUAAACAGAAUUUAGUAUUUGUUAGCUCACCUGUCGCAAAGUGACAAGGUGAGCUUUUGUGAUCGCGCGGUGUCCGUGCGUGCGUCCGUAAACUUUUGCUUGUGACCACUCUAGAGGUCACAUUUUUCUUCGGAUCUUUAUGAAAGUUGGUCAGAAUGUUCAUCUUGAUGAUAUCUAGGUCAAGUUCGAAACUGGGUCACGUGCCAUCAAAAAGUAGGUCAGUAGGUCUAAAAAUAGGAAAACCUUGUGACCUCUCUAGAGGCCAUAUAUUUCACAAUAUCUUCAUGAAAAUUGGUCAGAAUGUUCACCUUGAUGAUAUCUAGGUUAAGUUUGAAACUGGGUCACGUGCCUUCAAAAACUAGGUCAGUAGGUCUAAAAAUAGAAAAACCUUGUGAUCUCUCUAGAGGCCAAAUAUUUCACAAGAUCUUCAUGAAAAUUGAUCAGAACGUUCAUCUUGAUGAUAUCUAGGUCAAGUUUGAAACUGGGUCACGUGCCUUCAACAACUAGGUCAGUAGGUCAAAUAAUAGAAAAACCUUGUGACCUCUCUAAAGGCCAUAUUUUUCAUGGGAUCUGUAUGAAAGUUGGUCUGAAUGUUCAUCUUGAUGAUAUCUAGGUCAAGUUCGAAACUGGGUCACGUGCUGUUAAAAACUAGGUCAGUAGGUCUAAAAAUAGAAAAACCUUGUGACCUCUCUAGAGGCCAUAUAUUUCAUGAGAUCUUCAUGAAAAUUGGUCAGAAUGUUCACCUUGAUGAUAUCUAGGUCACGUUCGAAAGUGCGUCACGUGCCAUCAAAAACUAGGUCAGUAGGUCAAAUAAUAGAAAAACCUUGUGACCUCUGUAGAGGCCAUAUUUUUCAUGGGAUCUGUAUGAAAGUUGGUCUGAAUGUUAAUCUUGAUGAUAUCUAGGUCAAGUUCAAAGUGGGUCACGUGCCCUCAAAAACUAGGUCAGUAGGUCAAAUAAUAGAAAAACCUUGUGACCUCUCUAGAGGCCAUAUUUUUCAUGGGAUCUGUAUGAAAAUUGGUCUGAAUGUUCAUCUUGAUGAUAUCUAGGUCAAGUUCGAAACAGGGUCAUGUGCGGUCAAAAACUAGGUCAGUAGGUCUAAAAAUAGAAAAACCUUGUGACCUCUCUAGAGGCCAUACUUGUGAAUGGAUCUCCAUAAAAAUUGGUCAGAAUGUUCACCUUGAUGAUAUCUAGGUCAGGUUUGAAACUGAGAAAAAUAGAAAAACCUUGUGACCUCUCUAGAGGCUAUACUUGUGAAUGGAUCUUCAUGAAAAUUAGUGAGAAUGUUCACCUUGAUGAUAUCUAGGUAAAGUUCAAAACAGGGUCACGUACUUCGAAAACUAGGUCAAUAGGUCAAACAAUAGAAAAACCUUGUGACCUCUCUAGAGACCAUAUUUUUCAAUGGAUCUUCAUGAAAAUUGGUCAGAAUUUUUAUCUUGAUAAUAUCUAGGUCAAGUUCAAAACUGGGUCACAUGAGCUCAAAAACUAGGUCACUAUGUCAAAUAAUAGAAAAAACGAUGUCAUACUCAAAACUGGGUCAUAUGGGAAGAGGUGAGCGAUUCAGGACCAUCAUGGUCCUCUUGUUUUUAUUUUGUCAUGAAAACCACAUGCUGCAAAGUCCUUUGUUUCUAAGGUACUUGUUUUUGUAGUUGUUACUAUUACAUUGAACAAGUGAAAGUCUGUGAAAUCUUAUUGUUAAAUGGUGACAUCCAUGGCCCAACAAAAAUACGUUUUGGGUCAAAACCACCAAUUUUGUGCCUUGGCAAGUAAAUAAUUUCACAUUAUCAAACAAGCAAAUUUAUUGAAUUUGUAUCCCUGCCAAAUGGGAUAAAAGUUUCACCUUUGAAGAAGCAGUCUCUGCUUACAAAAUGCACUUAAAUGCAAUUGGAUUUCAGUUUUUUUUUUAAAGCUACUCGUUCUAAAUUAUUAAUGAAAACCAUUUUUCGAUAUUUAGUGGCAAUGAUUUUGACCCAAGCUACCUAAAGUGAAACUAUAACAAUUGGUCUCUAUGAAGGCUACCUAUUUACCAGGUUUAGUCUGCUUAAACGAUGUACAAAGAGCCAUAAAUCUUGUUUUCUUCAAGCAAUCUGUCUAAAACUUGCAGGGGAGCAUUUCCCUACAGCAUUUAGAAUUUCUAUUGUGUGUUGUUGAAAUCCAUGGAAUCAUGUCGGAGAUAUGACUGGGUGGGCAAUGGACUACCGGUAUGUAUGUACUAUAUAUCUAUAUAUAUAUAUAUAUAUAUAUAUAUAUAUAUAUAUAUAUAUAUAUAUAUAUAUAUAUAUAAAGUACAAAGGGCCAUAAAUCUUGUCUUCCUCAAGCAAUCCAGCUAUAACUUGCAGGGCCAUAAUGCUUUAUAGCAGUUAAUAUUUCUACCAUAUUUUAUUGAAAUCCUACGAACCAGUUCUGAGAUAUGACUACAGAUGGACAAACAAUGGAAUAGAAAUACCAUAUACGCAAAACAAAUUCCAAAGGCCAUAAAUCUUUUCUUCCUCAACUAAUUUGAAUGAAACCUGUAGAGCUGCAUUGCCCUAUAGCAUUUGACAUACCAUGAUUUAUUGAAAUUCUUCCAACCAUGUCUGAGAUAUGAUUCCUGAUGGACAGAAAAUGGAUUAAUUACGUACUAUUUAUACAAGUACAAAGGGCCAUAAAUCUUGUCUUCUGCAACCAAUCUGACUAAAACUUGCAGGACUGCAUGACCCUAUAGCAGUCCGAGAUAUGAAUCCAGAUAGACGGAAAGUGGAAUAAAACACUAUAUAUGUAAUAUACAUGUCCAAAGGGCAAUAAAUCUUGUCUUUCUAAUGUAGUUUAGCCGAAACUUGCAGGUAGCACUUCCCUAUAGCAGUUAACAUUUCAAGCAUGUUUUAUUGAAAUCCUUCCAGUCAUGUCCGAGAUAUGACUCUAGACAGAAAGUGCAAUAAAACACUUUAUAUGUAAUAUACAUGUCCAAAGGGCCAUAAAUCUUGCCUUUCUCAAGCAGUGUGGCCGAAACUUGCAGGGUAGCAUUUUUCUACAGCAGUUGACAUUUUUACCAUGUUUUAAACAAAUACUUCACACCAUGUCAUAGAUAUUGUUACAGACUGAAAACAUCAUAACUAUAUCCCGCCGCGGCGCCGCCUUUGGCAGAGGAUAACAAAGGAACUAUAAAGGUUAAAGUAUCUUCAGACCUUUCUGUGCAGUUGAUUUGUUUGAAGUUCCUCAAAAUAUUAUUAACUUCUUAUGCCCCCCUUCGAAGAAGGAGGGGUAUAUUGUUUUGCAGAUGUCGGUCGGUCAGUAUGUAGACCAAUCUGUUUCUGGAUGAUAACUUAAGAAUCCUUGGGCCUAAGAUCAUGAAAUUUGAUAGGGAGGUUGGUCAUCACCAGCAGAUGACCCUUAUUGAUUUUGAGGUCAGUAUGUCAAAGGUCAAGGUCACAGUGACCCGAAACAGUUAAAUGGUUUCCGGAUGAUAACUCAAGAAUUUUUGGGCCUAGGAUCAUCAAAGUUGAUAGGGAGAUUGGUUAUGACCAGGAGAUGACCCCAAUUAUUUUAAGAUCAGUAGGUCAAAGAUCAAGGUCACAGUGACCCGGAACAGUUAAACGGUUUCCGGAUGAUAACUCAAGAGUGCUUGGACCUAGGAUCAUGACAGUUGAUAGGGAGGUUGGUCAUCACCAGCAGAUGACCCCUAUUGAUUUUGAGUUCAGUAGGUCAAAGGUCAAGGUCACAGUGACCAGGAACAGUCAAACGGUUUCUGGACAAUAACUCGAGAACGCUUGGACCUAGGAUCAGGAAAAUUGAUAGGGAGGUUGGUCAUGACAGCAGAUGAUCCCUAUUGAAUUUGAGGUCAUUAAUUCAAAGUUCAAUGUCACAUUGGCCAGGAACAAUUAAAUGGUUUCCGGACAAUAACUCAAACACGCUUGGGCCAAGGAUCCUGAAAGUUGAUAGAGAGGUUAUUCAUGACCAGCAGAUGACCCCUAUUGAUUUUGAGGUCAGUAGGUCAAAGGUCAAGGUUACAGUGACCCGGAACAGUUAAACCAUUUCCGGAUGACACACAGUGAGCAAAUAAUUUCUGUUCCUUGUGCAAUUACUGAAUGCAUCAAGGGGGGCAUUUCGGGUUCUACGAGCUCUUGUUAAUCAGAAUUUUGUUUUGCUGGUUAACGUAUAAUUGAGUCGGUUGUUUAUAUUAAAUCUUAUAGAAAAGUGGGCCUCUGUGGGAAAGUGGUUAUGGUCAUACACUUCUAAUCACUAAGAAAAUACUCUGUAGUCGUUUGGAAACUGGGAUUGGUGGGUAGAAUUCUUUUAUAUGAGGAAACUGGGCUUUGGAAGGCUUGUGGUUCUACCUGGGUGCCACACCAUGCAGAAGAUAUGCCUACACUGACACCUGGGGUCUUCCUCUACCAUAAAAUAGCUGGAAUGUCACCAUAUGACCUAUACUUGGGUCGGUGUUGAUGUUCAGAUGAACAAAAAAAUUGACUUUGGUUCAUGAUGGGAUGAUUAUUAGUGUCUUCAUGACCUUUUCAAAAAAAAGUUCUUUGUCUUCAUGUUUUUCCAUUUUGCUUAAUGAUAUUGAGCUGACUUGUUUGUUGUGCUUGUAUAUAAUGUAAUAAAUAUAUACAGAAA